AUGUUUGAAACUUUACUAGGAAAAACCGUGCUAGUCACCGGAGCUUCAGCAGGAAUCGGCGCUGCUACUGCCACCGAAUUCGUCAAGGCCACCAACGGCAAUAUCAAGCUCAUUCUCGGGGCUCGGAGAGUGUCCAAACUUGAAGAGUUGGCUGAUGGGUUGAAAAAAUUGUACCCAUCCGUGCAAAUCUACGUGGGCCAGUUGGACGUGUCGGAAGUAUCCAAGAUCGACCAAUUCUUCGCCCAAUUGCCUGCCCAAUACCUGGAAAUCGAUGUUCUCAUCAACAAUUCCGGAAAAGCCUUGGGACAAGAAAAGGUAGGAGACAUCGAUCCCACCGAUAUCGCCACUGUCUUCGAUACCAACGUCCUCGGGUUGAUUGCCAUGACCCAGAUCGUCUUGAAAGGUAUGAAAAAACGUAACAGAGGUGACAUUGUCCAGUUGGGAUCGAUUGCCGGUAGGUGGACGUACGCGGGAGGAAGCAUUUACUGCUCUUCCAAGGCAGCUUUGAAGUCAUUCACCGAAGCCAUGAGAAAGGAGUUGACCUCCACCAAGAUCAGAGUGAUCGAGGUGGCUCCCGGUAACACCAAGACGGAAUUUGCCCUUGUUCGAUUCAAGGGUGAUGCCGAUAGAGCCUCUCAGGUGUAUGAAGGGGUGGACACGUUGCUUCCUCAGGACGUGGCCGAGUUGAUUGUGUUUGCGUGUAGCAGGAGAGAGACAGCUGUCAUUGCUGAGUCGAUCAUCAUGCUGACCAACCAAGCCGGACCUCAGGAUUUGUAUAGAAAGCAGUAA